GACUGGGAGAGAGAGAGAGAAAGGACGGUGCGCGCUCAGGCAGGACAGGAGGGCGCGCGGGACAUCAGCACACAGGCCGGGUCAAGGAGCUGCAAGGAUGGAGAUCCGACCAGACAGGUUUAAGGCGGCCGCGGGCAAAACUCUGGGGAAAAUUCACAGACUUAUUGAGAAGCGGCAGGCCAAUGGAGAAACCAUCGAGUUAUCAGCGGAGGGCCGUCCUGAGCUGGUGGAGGAGAAGGAGCUGCCAGUGGUGGACUGUACCUGCUUUGGCUUGCCAAGGCGGUACAUCAUCGCCAUCCUGUCUGGCCUGGGAUUCUGCAUCUCUUUUGGCAUCCGGUGCAACUUGGGUGUAGCCAUUGUUAGCAUGGUCAAUGACCACACUGUGUACAGAGGCAACAAGGAAGUACUUGUGGCUGCACAGUUCACCUGGGAUCCUGAGACAGUGGGGAUGAUCCACGGCUCCUUCUUCUGGGGCUACAUCGUCACACAGAUCCCGGGUGGCUUUAUAUGUCAAAAAUUUGCAGCCAACAGAGUGUUUGGCUUCGCCAUAGUGGCCACCUCCACCCUCAACAUGCUGAUUCCAUCUGCCGCUCGCUGCCAUUACAGCUGCGUCAUACUGGUCAGGAUAUGCCAGGGCCUUGUUGAGGGUGUAUCAUACCCAGCCUGCCACGGGAUCUGGGCCAAGUGGGCACCUCCUCUGGAGAGAAGUCGAUUAGCCACAACAGCCUUUUGUGGAUCCUAUGCAGGGGCUGUGGUGGCCAUGCCUUUAGCUGGGAUACUGGUGCAGUACACUGGGUGGCCUUCAGUAUUCUACGUAUAUGGCAGCUUUGGGAUAUUCUGGUAUUUGUUCUGGAUUCUGGUGUCGUAUGAGAGCCCCGCAGCACAUCCCACCAUCACACCAGAGGAGAGGAAGUACAUUGAAGAUGCAAUCGGAGAGUCUGCAGGAUUUCUCAAUCCUCUCCAAAAAUUUAAAACUCCAUGGAGACACUUCUUCACCUCCAUGCCAGUCUAUGCCAUCAUCGUGGCCAACUUCUGCAGAAGCUGGACCUUCUACCUACUGCUCAUCAGCCAGCCAGCCUACUUUGAAGAAGUCUUUGGCUUCGAGAUCAGCAAGGUGGGCAUGGUGUCAGCUUUGCCCCAUCUGGUGAUGACAAUCAUCGUGCCUAUCGGAGGCCAGUUGGCAGACUACCUGAGAACCCACAACCUGAUGUCCACCACCAAUGUCAGGAAGAUGAUGAACUGUGGAGGUUUUGGAAUGGAGGCUACCCUCCUGCUGGUGGUGGGAUACUCUCACACAAAAGGUGUCGCCAUUUCCUUUUUGGUCCUCGCUGUGGGUUUCAGUGGAUUUGCUAUCUCAGGGUUUAAUGUCAAUCACUUGGAUAUCGCCCCUCGAUAUGCCAGCAUACUGAUGGGCAUCUCAAACGGGGUGGGAACAUUAUCUGGAAUGGUGUGUCCUCUCAUAGUGGGAGCCAUGACCAAACAUAAGACACGUGAGGAGUGGCAGGGCGUCUUCCUUAUAGCUUCCCUCGUCCAUUAUGGAGGAGUGAUUUUCUAUGGACUCUUUGCAUCAGGAGAAAAGCAGGCAUGGGCAGACAUAGAAGACACCAGCGAUGAGAAGUGUGGUAUCAUAGAUGAGGAUGAACUGGCCAAUGAGACAGAGGAGCUCUACCGUGGAGGUGGGCAGUACGGGGCCAUGAGCCAACCAGUGGUUGGUUCCAAUGGAGGAGGGGCCGGAGGAGGAGGAGGAGGAGGAGGAGGAGCUGGACCCGGAUGGGUGUCGGACUGGGAUAAAUCUGAGGAGUAUGUUCAGCCGCCUGGAUACAACUCUUACAUGUAUGGGGGAGAAGAGGAGAGGGAGCUGACAUAGAAGAUUGACAUGAUACAAGUUUAAAAAGAAAGGAUAAAGAAAAGAAGAAGAUUGUUUUUGGAAAGGGAUUGUAAGAGAGUGUCACUGCAAUACUGAAUGGACCUCCUCUGUGCUUUUGUACAAUAUUUACAAAUUGCACAUAUCAAAAGUAUGCAUCUGAUUCAUUCCAUUGUGUGUGUGUGUGCGCGCUUGUGUGCGAGUGUGUGUGUGUGUGUGUAAGCAUGUGCAUGCAGGUGUUAGAGUCGUUAAUGUACAUAAACACAUACAGUAUUCAUUUGCGGAAAAAAAAAUGAACUCAUCUCCUAGACUUCCUUCCUGCUCCUGGGCUCGUUGUGAUUGGUCAGGAGUUGUGUUUCCACGACAUCACUGAGGAGAUUCUUUGUGCGUGUGUGAUUAUGUGUGUGUGUGUGUGUGUGUGUGUGUGUGUGUGUGUGUGUGUGUGUUUGGGCUUUUUGCCUGUACAGCAAGUCUUUCAAGCCACUGGAGUUGUGUUGUAUUUCAAUUUUUAAUGCGUGAGCCACACAUUUACUUUUUUGCUGGGAAAGCACCCUUGGGGCCUCGGUUAUAAAAUGUAAAACUUUUGAGCUUACAAUAUUGUCAAUGUCAAUAUAAAAGCUCAUUCUCUAUUUAUCUACCUAUGUUAUAAUCUUACUUUAGGCUCUUGGGUAUUAAAGAAAUCAUACCGAUCAUAUGAUAAAAAUCAGUACACAAAUUAAAUGUAAAGUGUUACACUGGUGAUGCAUCAUGUUAAUAUUGCUUCACCAGAGCAACAUUAUGUUCCCAUGGCAUGCAAAGUUAAAGUAUGCCUGUAUGUGGUGGGAAUCUGUCAUCGGUUUCAAACCCUCAGUGACUAAUUUCAAACUUUUCACUCAAAGAGGAAAAAGGUGCUUAGGUGUUGUAUAAGUCUGUGUAUGUGAUUGUAAAGUUGUAACGCUUUAGUUAAAACAGGCUGCCCUUAAUGUGUGUGUGUGCAGUUGUGUGUGUAAAGGCGUGUGCUUGAGUUUGUGCACAAAGCUGCAUGUGGUGUCUAGCUGAAUCUCACCUGGGUCUGACCUAACUAGGUCAUGUCCAGCCAGGCUUAUGGGUCACAAAGCACAUAUCAUGAGUAAUCACCUGACACUUGUGACUUUCCAUUUGGUGUGUGUGGUCCCAUUGGAGAGGUGGCCCAGAAUGACAAGUAGAGUGUGAUAGUUGCUUAACUCUUCCACUGCUUAACCAGUGCAGAAAAAUAAUGACAGUAUAAUAUUCCCAGGCAUCACAGCAUGUGCUGCCUCUGUUUCUGCAUUUUUCUGUUUCUCUGUGGCUGCUUUGCCCUCCAUUUCCUCCCUGUGUCCAUCAGGACAUUCUCUGUUUGCUCCUUCUCGGUCUUUAAUCUCUGUUGGUGCUGUUUCCAUGUCUGUAAAUGUCAGUCAUGUUUGAGUUGGUGGGUCAGAGCUUUUCAGACCGUCUGUGUGUGUAUGUGUGAUAGUCAGUGUGUUGUUGUGUAGGGUGCAGGUGCUGAAACAUUGUGCGGUGAGCAUGUUUUAAUGAGCACAGCAGUGCAGUACCCUGUCAUCCCUCUCUUUUACACACAAACACACAUACAGGGUGCUAAUUUCAUGCAAACACAGUCAAGUGCACCACGCGCACUGAGGGAGUGGUGGCACAAUAUUUGGUAUUCAUGUGCCUGCAGGAGUAAAGCGCACCCAUGGCGCGCAGGGAAAGAGGGUGGGAUUUGCAAAAAUUCAUUAUCAUACAUUGUGAGAGGGUGUGUUGAGGUUUCUUGACAAUCAUGGCCAAUCACAUCAGCUCCUCUAAUGCCCUUUAAACACAGUACCCUCUCCAUCUUAAUGCACUGACAGCUGGGUAGGGGAGUGGAGAGUCCAGAGGUGCUUCUCCUGAGAGGACACUAACAUUCUCAGGAGGGACACCACCAUAUUGUGCAAGAUGCACAGAAUAACUUUUUGCGCCUGCACAUAACGCAGACAGGGCCAACAGACAUGAAACAUGAGCACACAAACGCGCAUACACAUACAUACACACACACACACAAGUUCUGCAUUCUGCUUGUACCCAAAGGUCAUGCUAACACGAAGUAAUUUAUUCUUAAAUUCAAAAGUAUAUUUGCAGAAAGUUCUCGGAUCAAGAAUCUAUUGCUAUUUCACUUAUAGAAGGUUUGUGAUUUGAGUGCACUUUUGUGAGAAAAAAAUACACUGCUGGAAUGUUAAAGCGGAUAUCUUUGAAUUAAAUGAGGAUUUAAUGGUAAAAUAUGUUGGUAUGUUAAUAAAUUAUUUUAAAAAGUGACAAAGGCAAAUUACCAUAUUGUUUUGAGUGAAAUGUCUUAAAGACAUGAAUGAUUAUUCCUGUGAACAAUUUAAUUUUUAAGUGUUGUAUCAGUGUAUUUUCAAUCAAGUUUCUUCUUUGUCUCAGUUUAUGGCUGUUCCAGUGUUGUCCUCCUCCUUCUUGAUGAAAUGUGUGAUAACCUGGUGGGAAUCAGUGUAAAAAUAAAUGAAAAGGAAAUGAUAAUAUGUAAACAUGCGGAAAUGUGAAAAAUAUUCUAUGUAUAAAAGAUGUAUAUGUGAGAUAUCCUUGUGUAUAAUAAAAUUUAAGCAAUUUAAGAUGA